CUUCUCCAUCGCACUGCGCUUCGCACGUUUCUUUCGGUUGGCAAUUUUGUUGUGUGUAACUGUUCUUUUCCGGGUGCAAAACUGUCUCUUUUCGGACCUUGGGGCCUUGACUCCCCGAUUUGUAAAUUCUUCGCGGUUCCCAGACGGGCGUCGUUGCACGGCUGAUAUGUUAUCAGGUUGUGAUCGACCGCUGCGCUGUGUUUUGUUAUUUUCGGCUGCUUUUUUUAUUCGUAUUUCACGCGAAUUUCAGACCACUCGGUCAGAGUGACCAUUUGUCUGAAAAUACUGAAAAAAUACUGGCCAAGGUGGGCAACAGCUGUUCGGCGGGCAUAAGCCAACCCUGUUUUGUCAGGGCGGCAUUAGCGGCGCAGAUAUUUCGGCGCGUGCAUUUUAUAAACAAGAUUUUUGACAAAAAACUGCAUUUUUGAGCAUGUUUGACGUGGAACCCAUAAUUGCGGAUCACAAGGAUGUGAUACAUGAUGUAGUCUUUGAUUACUACGGCCGCCGGAUGGCCACCUGCUCCAGCGAUCAGACAGUAAAGAUCUGGGACGAGGACGGUCAGGGAAAAUGGAAUGUCACUAGCAGCUGGAAGGCACAUUCGGGAUCCAUUUGGCGCGUGUCCUGGGCACAUCCGGAAUUCGGCCAGGUUGUGGCCACUUGCUCGUUUGAUCGCACCGCUUCCGUCUGGGAGGAGGUGAUUGGCGAGAAGGUCUCCGCCACGAACGCCCCCACACGUCGCUGGGUUCGUCGCACAACGCUGGUGGAUUCCAGGACCAGCGUCACCGACGUGGAGUUUGCGCCAAAGUACCUUGGACUUCUACUGGCAACAGCCUCCGCCGAUGGCAUCAUCCGCAUUUAUGAAGCCCCGGAUAUCAUGAACCUCUCUCAGUGGCCAGUUCAGCACGAGAUUGCUAACAAGUUGCCGCUGAGCUGUUUGUCCUGGAAUACGUCCACCUACAUGGUAACCCAGCUGCUGGCGGCGGGCAGCGAUGAGGCAGCUACUCCUACCGGGAAAGUUUUUUUGUUUGCCUACAGCGAGAACGCCCGGAAGUGCGUGAAAAUUGAGACUGUUAAUGACAUAACCGACCCGGUUACGGAUGUGGCCUUCGCCCCCAACGCAGGUCGCACCUUCCACAUGCUGGCAGUGGCCAGUAAGGAUCUCUACAUCGUAAACCUACGCGGCGUGACGGACGCCACCGGCAACUCUAAGCUGGACAUCCAGACCAUAAAGUUUAGCGAGCACAACUGCCCCGUGUGGCGCGUCUGUUGGAACAUGUUGGCCACCAUGCUGAUCUCCACGGGCGACGAUGGAUGUGUUCGUCUCUGGCGGAUGAACUACAAUAGGCAGUGGCGCUGCGCCGCAGUGCUAAAGGCGGAGGGCAGUGGACCCACCUAUGAGCCUGCUCCGCCCACACCGACGCUGGCCACCACAGCCUCGGCCACGGCGAAAUUCUACAAGAAGGGCACUAUCGGCAACCAGGUGCCAUGGCACUGAUCUUGUAAUAAUCGUAAAAGUCCGAAUAAAAUGUUAAGCUUAAA